GAAGAGAGUUUCGUUGUGAAAACUAACCUAACUUAAGUGCUACAGGUUAGGAGGGGGCAAUUUCAAAUUUCUUACUGUUGCCGUUAUACAUUCCCCUAGUUUUUGUUGUAAUCCUCCUGUUACGUUAAUUUUAAAAUGUCAGAAAACGAUAAAGAAGAGCUGCCCGAAUCUGCAAAAGCUCGAAUAGAAAAAAAUCGUCAAAGAGCAAUAAUACUCAGGAAUAGUAGAUUGGUUGCUCAUCCCUACGCUAAAGGUGAAACGAUAAGUGUUGAUACUGCCACAAUAAAGAUUGGAGCAACAAAAUAUAUUGAUACUGGUGGAGGUUUCUUACGUGAAGAAGUUGAAGGUCAAGAAUCUGUUAAGGAAAAGCCAGUAGAAGAUGAAGCACCAAUUCAUGAAGAGGAUCGGCCUUUCUGUAUGAAAUGUGAUCGACCUUUUGCAGUUUCCUGGCUAUUCGAUAAAUUCAAUUAUAAAUGCUGUGAUGAAUGCAAAGACCCUGAAGAGCAUGCCCUCAUAACCAAAACCGAUGCUGUAAACACCUAUCUCUUGAAGGCAGUGGAUUUGGAAAAAAGAGAACCACCGUUACAGUACAUCACUAAGAAAAAUCCACAUAAUGUACGAUGGGGCGAUAUGAAGUUAUAUCUGAAGGCACAGGUUGAGGAAAGAGCUCUACAAGUAUGGGGGAGUCAUGAGGCAAUAGAAGAAGAGAGACUAAACAGAGAAGAGAAGAAAGUUAUCACUAAAACCAAAAAGUACAAUAAAGAAUUGAAGGCUUUACGUAUGAAUAUGAGAAGUAGUCUAUACGAUCGUACUUCAACUGCUUCACACACUCAUAAAUUUGGACCAGAAACAUAUAAUGAAGAAGACGAUACUUAUACCCACAAAUGUUUAACUUGUCCUUAUGUUGAAACUUUUGAAAAAAUGUAAUUUGUUCCAUUUUUGCUCCUUUUACAAUUUUUUUUAACAAACACAAAAUGAAGAUAAUAGACACUUGAACAUCAAAUCAUUCAUGCUCUGAUACA